AUGUCUUGGGCCCCAAAGCCUUCGGAGGAGCAGCGUCAGCGGCUGGACGCGCAACCAAACGCACUGGUUGCUGCCGCCGAGCCCUCUAUACCGCAGUCACUGAACAAGCAAUCCACAACAACCAACCCUGCCGCCGUUUCUGCCCGCGCACCCAACUCCACCUGGAUCAAUCUUUACUACAAGCUAGACACAAACGACAAGUCAUCCAUCAAGUCAGCCUCAACCAUGUCGUGGGCCGGCUUCAAGAAGAACGUCAACAGGGCUGCCACCCAAGUCAUGGUCAAGACCGGCCAUGUCGAGCAGACCCAUGACCGCAGUUACGAAGUCGAAGAACGCCGCUACAGAGUUAUGGAAAACGCCGCCACUCGUCUCCAGAAGGAAUCAAAGGGCUACUUGGACAGCUUGCGCGCAAUGACUGCCUCGCAGAUGCGCAUUGCAGAGACCAUCGACGCUUUCUACGGUGAUGCUGGUGCCAACGAUGGUGUCUCUCGCAGCUACAAGCAAGCUGUUGAAGACUUGGAUGCCGAAACUAUCAAGGCUUUGGAUGGUCCUUUCCGCUCUACUGUCCUCGACCCCAUCAAUCGCUUCUGCGCAUACUUCCCCGACAUCAAUGAGUGCAUAAAGAAGCGCAACCACAAACUCCUCGACUACGACCGCGUGCGCGCCCAAGUAAAACGCCUAACCGAAAAGCCCGACAAGGACGUGACCAAACUGCCUCGCACCGAAAAGGAAGCAGAAAUGACCCGCGCCGCCUACGAACAACUCAACGAACAACUCUUCAACGACCUGCCCCAACUCAUCGAACUGCGCGUUCCUUACCUGGAUCCUUCGUUCGAGGCUCUCGUCAAGAUCCAGUUGCGCUUCUGUGCCGAGGCUUACUCGAGAAUGGCGCAGGUGCAGCAGUACUUGGAUCCUGACACUAGAGAUCAGUAUGCCAAUGGUAAUCUGGAUGCUAGGGUCGAGCAGGUCUUGCAGGAGAUUCGUGAGCUGAGCAUUGCUGGCACUGUUUAA